UUGGCGGGAAAAGACGUACUUUUUAAAGUUUAAUUAUAUGCGCGCGUGAAUAACCGAAGUGAAUUUGCGUAGUAAAAUAUUAAAAUGGAUUUAAGGGAAAUUAUCAAAUGGUUUAUACCCUGUUUUCAUAUUCUCCUAAAAUUGGACGCUAGAAUGAUUCUUAUUUGGUUAAUAAUGUUUUGUCAUCUAUGUUCGGGUAUUAGUGCUAGUGAAAUAGAAAGUAAUUUGAAUAAUACCAAAAAUGUAAGUUAUGAUAGUUUUAAGUUCAACCAAAGUGAAGUUUAUAAUAAAUCGUUGGUUCCUGAGGAAUUGAGCAAUGAAGAAACUUCAGUUGGUCGCACCUUCGGUCGUCCAAUGAAGAAGAUGAUGCAGGCGCUAAUACCGUUAGCGAUGGCUAUCGGGUCCGCCGGCACGUGGGCAGUGGUUGCCGCGCUUAUAGGAGCCAAGACUUUGGUUGUGACACUGUUCAUAUUGAAGCUGCUUCUCAUGGCAGGUGCUGCUAAGUUCGGCGGCCUGCUCGGUGCUAAGUUGCACCACCAGCCGCCGCCACAUUACGCGCCGCCGCCAAGUAAGGAAAUUCAUCUACACAUACAUAAUGGCCAACAUGGACACCAUGACCAUGAAGAGGAGGUUAUACCUAACAUAUCAUCCUGGUCGCGCGAUAGUCCAGUGAGUUCUCCCGCCAGCAUUUCGUCGAAGGUCUCAGCGAAGCCUACAACCCUUACUUAUACCUCGCGGGCCCUCAGACUAUAAGGACCCCGUACGGGAACUAUGUCAAAGUAGACUGAGAUCCUUAAGCGCCAGCAUUUCGUCUGUGCCAGUGGAGGCUUAUAACCCCUAGGUAUAUCUAGUGGGGCCUCAGAAUAUAAGAAAACUUUUAGAUACAGGCACACUGCAAUCCGACUGCAACUGUAUUUGAACUGCACUCUAACGUUGUAGAUGGCAAUUGCAGUCGCGGCUUAAUGUUAACCUAACGAAAAUCGAAAUAGUUUAUUCUUGAUUCUGACUCUCUAUCAUUCGAUAUAUUAAACAGAGAGCCAAAUAGACGAUCUAUCGAAGCAAAAAGCCUGACCAGCCGACGUAUCAU